AUGGGAGGAGAGCCCCAGGACGGCUCACAGCAGCAGAGGGAUGGGCUGCCUCAGGUUCUGAUGAGACCUCUGGCUGCACGUGGAGAAUGGGCGCGGGUGAGGAGUAGAGUACAGAGCCGGGUGGCCUGCAAUGGUCCAGCUGGUCGGCGGCCCGGAGGGACGAUCCCCAGCUCCCCGCGGCCACUCGCCCGUGGGGAGGGAAGACUGGCUUGGCAGCUGGUCCUGGGGACGCCGGGCAGCCAGGAGUUUCUCUCCCCGGACUUACUGUACAUGAUUCAGCGCCAGCCCCGGUUGUCCUGUGAAAACGCAAGUCAGACUGCGACCCGGCUCUGCUCCGAGCCCUCCGUGGCGCCCGCCUCCUGCGGAGAAGCCACGACACAGAGGGCAGUGUGUCUGCAGCUGAGCUAUCAGGACUGCUGCGUGCGGCCUGGACAUACACCAUGUCCCGGGCCGGGCCCCGCCCGCCACCCCAGCCGGGCCGCGAGCACAGCGCUGGUCCCACAUGCCUCUGGGAUGAGCUGCGGAGAGUGUGACCAGGCCCAGCUGACACAUCUCAGAGCAGAUGUGGGCCCGCCUCCCACGGGCCCCGAGGAGCUCAGCCAAGACUCAGCCUAG